CAUUCAGUUCAGUUACACUUUUUUCUUCUCUCUCAGACGAAUGUCGUUUUCAACUCCCCAGCCUACAUCUAUGAUCUAUUCCUAUAAAUUUUGGUGUCGCACUAAUUUAGAGCUAAACAUCAUCACCAGCAGAGCAAAGCAAAGCCAAGAAAAGAAAAUUGUAUGUGAUAAUGGAUAGCCACUAUCACCUCGGUAUUGCUCGCUAUUUACUUCUAUUGUUUUUGGUCUCUUCCUACAUGCAGACUACUACCAAUCUCUGUUUCUGUUUGGACGGUGAUGAACUUUCAAGCAGUGUGAAAACAAAUUCAUGCAUCGACGAAGAAAGACAAUCACUUCUCAUCUUUAAGCAACACCUUGUUGAUCCUUCUGGUAGGCUUUCCUCUUGGGUGGGCCGUGAUUGCUGUCAAUGGAGAGGUAUUUCAUGCAACAACAACACUGGUCAUGUCGUGAAGAUGGACCUUCGGAAUCCAUAUCCGUAUUCCAUUUCCGAUGACCAGUGGGAGUACGAAGCUUAUCAGAAAUCUCUCUUGGGAGGUAAGAUAAAUGCUUCUCUGUUGGGCUUGAAACAUUUAAAUUACCUGGACCUAAGCAAGAAUUUUUUUCAUAGCAGUCAAAUUCCUAAGUUCUUUGGGGAGCUUAAAAGUUUGCAAUAUCUCAAUCUCUCCUUUGCGUCAUUUGGAGGAGAGAUUCCCCUUUCUCUUGGUAACCUGUCAAGCCUUAACUUUCUUGACCUUGGGUGGAAUCAACUCUCAUCUUCAAAAACUUUGAAUUGGCUUUCUCACCUCUCUUCUCUAGAAUACCUUAAUCUCAAUUACAUUGACCUUAGCAGCACUGGAGUCAGUUGGGCGUAUGAUAUUUCGAUGCUUCGUUCAUUGUUAGAGUUACACUUGUCUUCGUGCCACAUUGAAAGCAUUCCACUCUCAUUGCAGGGAAUUAACUUGACAUCGCUUUUUAAUCUUACCAGCCUCAUAACUCUUGAUCUAUCCGAGAAUAAUUUCAAUGGUCCUUUUCCAAAUGAACUUGCAUGUCUCAAAUCUCUGGAAUACCUUGAUUUAUCUAAAACAGGCUUAAAAGGUCAAGUUCCCAAAGUCUUUGGAAAUUUGUGCAAGCUAAAGGUCUUGAGUCUUUCUGGAAACAAAAUUGAUGGGAGGGUUGAAGAGUUUUUGAGGAGUUUCUCAAAUUGUUCUAAUAACCCAUUAGAGUCAUUAGAUUUGUCUAAUUGUGAGCUGGAAAGCCAAAUGCCGGCCUCCUUAGGAAUAUUAAAAAGCUUGCAGCAGCUCAACCUUUGUGGAAACUAUUUGUGGGGCUCAAUUCCAGAUUUCAUCGGAAACUUGUCAUCCUUGGAAACAUUGGACAUCUCUAAUAAUAAGAUGAAUGGCUCAAUUCCAGAUUCCAUUGGAAACUUGUCAUCUUUGAAAACUUUGGACCUCUCUUUUAAUACGAUGAAAGGUUCUAUUCCACAAAGUAUGGGACAACUCACUCAUCUACUUUCUCUGCGUCUGCAUGGUAAUUUAUGGGAAGGUAUUCUAACAGAAGCCCAUUUCCUAAACCUUACCAAAUUACAAGAUCUGCAAGUAGGAAACAAAGACCGACCCAUGUCCCUCGUUUUCAAUGUGGCUUAUGAUUGGAUUCCUCCUUUCAAGCUCCACACAAUUGAGAUCAUAAACUGUCAAGUAAGUCUCGGUUUUUGGGUAUGGCUUCAAGCUCAAACUAAAUUGUCUUAUGUUAUUCUUCGUGGUAAUGGAAUCUCGGAUUCCAUUCCAGAGGAAUGGUUGUUGCAGAUAUCUUCCCAACUCAUCCAACUAGACUUGUCUUACAAUCAAUUUCGUGGAAACCUUCCAUCGCAUUUGAAAUUUCCAAAUUUAAAUUCUAUUGAUUUGAGUCAUAAUCAGUUGGAGGGCCCACUCCCACUUUGGUGGUCCACUAAUGUCUUUUCUCUUGAUCUUGAAAGCAAUUUAUUUUCCGGACCAAUUCCCUCCAAUAUUAACCAAAUGAUGCCUAAUUUGAAAACUCUGUAUCUUUCUGAGAAUCAUUUGAAUGGCACUAUUCCUCCCAGUGUUUGCAAUAUGGAGCAAUUGAAAAUCUUGUCCCUGAGGAGCAAUCAAUUUUCUGGGGAAUUCUUUCGUGCAUGGAGUGUGGAGAGCAAUAUGGUGUUUCUAGAUGUUGGUUACAACAAUCUCUCUGGUAAUAUUCCUAGUUCAUUGGGGGUAUUAAGUUCACUUCGAAUAUUAAAGCUCAACAACAACAAUUUUGGCGGUGAAAUACCUGAUUCCUUGCAGAAUUGUUCUAGUUUAGAGAGUAUGGAUCUUGGGGACAACAAGUUAACUGGCAACAUACCUCUAUGGAUAGGAGGAUCAAAUUCAUCCAUGUGGUGUAUGCUACGAUUACGAUCCAACUAUUUCAGUGGACAUAUUUCCCUACAACUGUGCAAUCUUCACCACCUUCAUAUCCUUGACCUCAGUCACAACAACCUUUCAGGUUAUAUUGAGCAAGCCACACUAACACUAAAAGGAAGCGAACUUGUGUACAACAAGACUCUGAUGUUGGUAAAGAGCAUUGAUCUUUCAUCAAAUAAUUUACAAGGUGAAAUCCCUGAAGAAAUAAGCAGCCUCAUUUUAUUGGGUACGUUGAACUUGUCCAAGAAUCAAUUGACUGGAAAGAUCCCCUCCAAGAUCGGAAACUUACAUUUGCUUGAAACUCUUGAUCUCUCACACAACCACCUUUCAGGUCAAAUUCCUCAAAGCUUGUCAUCUUUAACCUCUUUGUCCCACUUGAAUUUGUCUUGCAACAACUUGUCUGGAAGAAUUCCUUUUGGAAACCAGCUUCAAACGCUCAAUUUUUCGUCCAUUUAUAUGGACAAUCCAUUGCUAUGUGGUGUUCCUCUCUCAACUAAGUGCCCUGAAGAUGACAAUUUUACCGCUAAGGAUGCAAAAGACAAGAAUGAAGAUGGUAACAAUGAUAUAUUGUGGUUAUCUGUCAGCGUGGUACUUGGCUUCAUCGUAGGCUUUUGGGGCGUUUGCAGCAUAUUGAUCUCAAAGACAUCAUAGAGGUAUGCAUGUUUUCAAUUCUUCGACAACAUCAAAGAUAAGGCAGUACUAGUAAUUGCAUUGAAAGUGGCUCGGUUCUGAAUAAUGUUUUUUGAAGUUUGAUUGUACUAUAUAUAUGUGAUGUUUUUUCUUUCUACUUUGGGUUUUUGAUACUUGCAACUUAUGUAUUGAAUAAAAGAACUCUAGCUUUCAAUUA